GCCACCAUUUGAGCCUACAGUGUCAGCUCGGGGAUAAUAGUUCGCCUUGACGGCUCAGCUUACAAUCGCACGAGCUCCAGACCUUCCGCUUGCUGUGCCGGUCUUCCAUAUUCAGCCUCACCUCUUGUUCGACAACUGAACAAUCGACCAAACGAAACGCAACCAUGUCGCGAAACGAGAAAGACGAUCUUCUCCCAUCCUACUCAGAAACACCCACUCUCUCGCGCCCGACUGCGCAUCGAGGCCAGCGGAUCCUCGACCAACUGACUCUCACACGCGCACAACACAUCCAGUCCGUGAUCGACACCCACAUCAUUCCACUCGUAGAGGAGCGUGCAUCGUAUGGAAUCGCUCAAACAACCAUCGCUAUGCUGCCAUCAGACAUCCCUUUACCAGCGGUGCAAGAGAAGUCCGAAUUCAGCUUCGACACCGACACGUCGAAGGCUGUGGAAGUCAUCGGUUUUGCAUCUGACGAGGUGCCGGAUGUGGUGCGCCUAGAAGGGCAGAUGAAUCGGACGGAGUUUUGGAGGGUUCAGACAGUCAUCACUGAGCUGGAGCGCGUGCUUAGGGACAGCCUGAACGCAAGCCCGCAGUCGAGGAGUCCACUACGAGAGAGAAGCGAACUCGAGGCGCCACAUAAGCAGAAGAGGAAUUUUCUGGCCAAGUUCGUCGGGAGGGGUGAGGAGGAACGGUUGCCAAGUGGUGAUCCAGAAGUGGGCAUUAAGAAGAUGGACGAGUCGGGGCUGGUGCUGGUCAAAGCCAGAUUGGAGGAAAUAUCGUUGCGGACGUUGAGCGAGUUCGGACUGUAUGAUACCGUGUCGAAACAGUGUGUGAUCAUCAGGAUUGAUGCGAGGUGUUGAUGGGAACAGGCCUCUCGUACGCUCGACAAAUCCAGCAACAAGACUAGGCACAAUCAGAUCUCCUGGCUACGGCAGCAGCUCUGAAGAUUGUGGAGAUGCAGAGCCUUGCCUGGCAACGAUGGUGCUGUGUUGCGGUGCAGCAGGCCCCUUACUGCCGAUUUUCUUGACUUACGAGAGGGGGCGCAAGAACAUAUAUCUACGUUUUGUGAGUGGGACACGAGAGCGAAGAAUCAAAGCCAAGACAGCUGUUUCUCGAAAAAUCACUAGCUCGAUUGUCGUUGGGUGUAUUCUCUUCUGCUAAGGUAAUUGACGCAAUGCACUAUAGCAGGCCGAAGCCA